GAUGCUUGAUAUAAAAGGUGUGUAGUCUAGUGUUAGAAACAUUGAAGUGUUUAAUUGACUCUCGAUAUUUGCAAGAACUAAGUGACUCAACAUGUUUCUCGAUCAUUUCAACGUAAGCCCAAAUUUAUUCAACAUAUUUUGUGGCUGUUUAACUGUUUGUUUGAUCAAGUAUUUGUUUAAUUUUAUUAAUCGAUUUCGUAAACUCCCUUCUGGCCCAUGGGGCUUACCAAUUUUGGGUUACUUGCCAUUCAUUAAGAAAGAUGCUUAUAUUCAAAUGACUGAACUCGCUAAAAAGUAUGGACCAGUAUUCAGCUUUAAAUGUGGCCAGUGCGAUGUGGUUGUGAUCAACGAGGUGAAAGCCAUUGAGGAAGCUUUGAAGAACGAUCAUUUAUUGGCUCGUCCAAAAACAACUUUCAUUCCAGGACGUAAUCCUUCAUUAGCUGAAAUGUCGGGUGAAACUUGGAAACAACAGCGACGAGUUGCUCUAACUAUACUUCGCAAUGUUGGUCUAGGGAAAAGUACUCUAGAAACAAAGAUCAAAGAAGAGAUUGGCCAUUUUAUUGAUGUUUUAAAAUCAACUCAUGGCAAAGAAGUUAGUUUCAAAGAGUUGAGUGGAUUGAGUGUUGCAAAUAAUAUCUCAAUCCUUAUGUUUGGGCAUCGAUUUGAAUAUGAUGAUCCCAUUGGAAAUGAAAUGAGACGUAAUAUGCAGAAAGUUAGUGAUAAUAUUGAAUACUUCACUAAAUUUGUGUUUAUGCCUGCAAUAUUUUUCUUCGUUUCUCUUGCUGCUAAAUUCAGUCCUGAGCUCAGAAACGCGAAUAGCAGCCAGAAAGAACUAGAAGAGAAAAUCACUGAGGAAGUUACUAAACAUAGAGAAAAGAAAGCAACCCAUGAAAUCGAGGAUUAUAUUGAUGGUUAUUUGCAAGAAAUGGAUAAGCUAAAGGAUUCGAAUUUGAGUUUCGAUAUGAACACAUUGCGCCGGAAUACUGCUGAUUUUUAUGCAGCUGGCUCCGACACUACAACAAAUACGUUGAGCUUCAUGAUGUUGUAUUUGAUUACUUAUCCUGAAUAUCAACAAAAAAUUCGAGAUGAAAUUAAGGAAACUAUUGGAUUCGAACGUCAACCAGAUUAUGCAGACAGAACUUCAAUGCCUUUCACAAUGGCGUUCAUCUAUGAAUCUCUUCGAAUGUCAUCGCUCGUUCCUCUUAAUAUAUUAAGACGUGCUUCUCAAGACACGAAAGUAAUGAACCAUUCAAUACCUAAAGAUACUUUAGUUAUUUUCAACUUUUGGGCUGUUCAUCGUGAUCCAAAUCUUUGGAAUGAUCCUCAUUCAUUCAAACCAGAGAGAUUCCUCAGCGAUGAUGGGACACAAGUAAUAAAGUCACCCUAUUUGAUGCCAUUUAGUGGAGGCAAAAGGAUAUGUCCUGGUGCAACUUUGGCUUUGAUAGAGUUGUUUCUUUAUUUGGUUUCAAUUGUGCAAAAUUUUAUCGUUUCACCUCCAGAAGGACAUAAAAUAUCUGAUGAAAUAAACUAUAUCUUCAUUAGAAUGGUGAAAAAUCCAGUGAAACUCACAAAUUUUCACACUUUGAAGCAUUAAGAACCUUUUAAUGUUUACCAAACAAACUCUUGGCUCAUCUUCGCAAUCGCUUCAAGUUUUAUUGAAAUAAUUGUAAUGAAAUGUAACAAUUACACACCUUUUUGUUUCUUUCGUUAUUAAAAUAUUAUUUUUUU